GUCACUGCGUCAGACAGUGAAUGUUUGCGUCGGGACGGGGGCACGGAACUGCUGUGGGGUCGACGAAUAAUUGGAGAUGAAGGAGAAAAUGGAAAUUAAACGGCGGUUUUAGACUCGCAGCGGCAUUAUAGCAUUGUGUGGUUAUUAGUGGCCUCGCUUUGAAGUGACUGUUAUAUGAAGACUCGCGGAGGAAGUGCUUCAAUCGCGGUGAGGUAGCGAAUGUAGGGAGAGUUGGGGAGGGCUGUAGCUGCUGGGGUUUUUUGGAGAGGGAAAACAACAUGGCUGCUGUGGAGCUCGAAUGGAUCCCAGAAACAUUGUACAACACCGCUAUCUCGGCUGUGGUGGACAACUACAGUCGAUCAAGAAGGGACAUCCGCUCGCUCCCAGAAAAUAUACAGUUCGAUGUCUAUUAUAAGCUUUACCAGCAGGGCCGGCUAUGCCAGCUGGGAGGAGAGUUCUGUGAGCUGGAGGUGUUUGCAAAAGUGCUGCGGGCUUCAGACAAAAGACACCUGCUGCACCACUGCUUUCAGGCCCUAAUGGACCACGGUGUGAAAGUGGCCUCAGUGCUGGCAAACUCCUUCAGCCGCCGCUGCUCCUACAUUGCAGAGUCUGACGCCCACGUCAAAGAGAAGGCCAUCCAGUUCGGCUUUGUGCUGGGUGGCUUCUUGUCUGAUGCGGGCUGGUAUGGAGAUGCAGAGAAAGUGUUUCUGUCGUGCCUGCAGCUGUGCACGCUCCACAGUGAGGUACUCCACUGCUUCCGGGCUGUGGAAUGCUGUGUCAGGUUGCUUCAUGUCCGCAAUGGCAACUGUAAAUAUCACCUGGGGGAGGAGACCUUCAAGCUUGCUCAGUCUUACAUGGACAAACUAGCCAAACAUGGCCACCAGGCCAACAAGGCAGCGCUGUACGGCGAGCUUUGUGCCUUGCUCUUCGCCAAAAGCCACUAUGAUGAGGCAUACAGGUGGUGUAUAGAGGCUAUGAAGGAAAUUACUCCAGGGCUGCCUGUCAAAGUAGUGGUUGAUGUCCUUCGGCAAGCCUCCAAGGCCUGCGUGGUGAAGAGAGAGUUCAGAAAAGCAGAGCAGCUGAUCAAACAUGCAGUGUUUCUAGCAAGAGAACAUUUUGGACACAAGCAUCCCAAGUACUCCGACACGCUGCUAGAUUAUGGAUUUUACUUAUUAAAUGUAGACAACAUAUGCCAAUCAGUUGCUAUUUACCAGACAGCGCUGGACAUUCGACAGUCUGUAUUUGGGGGAAAGAACAUCCAUGUUGCCACAGCCCAUGAAGACCUGGCCUACUCCUCAUAUGUGCACCAGUACAGCUCUGGGAAAUUUGACAAUGCUCUAUUCCAUGCAGAACGUGCCAUAGACAUCAUAACUCACAUUCUGCCUGAGGAUCAUCUGCUGCUGGCCUCUUCCAAGAGAGUCAAAGCUCUGAUUCUGGAGGAAAUUGCCAUCGACUGCCACAAUAAGGAGACAGAAGAGCGCCUUCUACAGGAGGCUCAUGACCUUCACCUCUCGUCACUCCAGCUGGCCAAGAAGGCCUUCGGCGAGUUCAACGUCCAGACAGCCAAACACUAUGGCAACCUAGGGAGACUCUACCAGUCCAUGAGGAAGUUCAAGGAGGCAGAGGAGAUGCACAUCAAAGCCAUCCAGAUCAAGGAGCAGCUUCUGGGCCAUGAGGACUAUGAGGUGGCUCUGUCCGUUGGCCAUCUUGCCUCCCUCUACAACUAUGACAUGAACCAGUAUGAAGACGCAGAGAGGCUCUACCUGCGCUCCAUCGCUAUCGGUAAAAAGCUGUUUGGAGAGGGAUACAGCGGACUGGAGUACGACUAUCGAGGCCUGAUCAAACUCUACAACUCAGUGGGCAACUACGAGAAGGUGUUUGAGUACCACAACGUGUUGUCCAACUGGAACCGGCUGAGGGACAGGCAGUUUGCCGUGGCAGAUGCCCUGGAGGACGUCAACACUACGCCCCAGCAGACCCAGGAGGUGGUGCAAGCUUUCCUAUUGGCUCAGAGCUUGGGCCCCACCCGUCCCUGUCUUGGCUGAUUUUUAUGAGGGAAGAGAGAAAACAAAGACACGUGGGCUUUGGCCUGGUCAGGACGUGUAAUAAGCCCAAAUGUGAUGCUUCAGUUGCACACAAUUAAUUAGUAAUACACAAUAAAUUCAAGGGUCACCGGGAAGUCAGGUGGCUUUACAGUCACUGCAGCUGCCAGUACACACACAGACAUACACACAUGUAGUUGUGGAGUAAAAAAAAAAAAAAUAGAGAGAGAAGACACUGUUAUCAAACCUCACCCACAAAAAAACACCAAGAUGCAA